CGCCUCCAGUGGGCUCCGGGGGGUCCUGGGGGUCAGCGCACCCACGUGGUUCUCGGGCCGCCCGGGAGGCCCUCCCACAGGGCGCCGUCCCCCCCCAAGGAGGGACUGACCACGCGCCUGCCGUGCGCCAGGCGCUAUGCCGAGGCCCCGGCCGUGUCAUCCGCUCCUCGCAGCCGCCCCGGAGAGAGAGGGGCCAGGCUGGGCCUUAGCCAUGGAACCUCGCGGGGUCCUGAAGGCCUUUCCCAGACGGAAGAAAAGGAGCUCCGGCUCGGACAGGAGCGCACUCUUGAAGAUUCCCAAGAAGGAAGGGCUAGAAGGUGGAGAGUGGCUGAGCCCACUGCAAGUCCAUGUGUUACCCGCGGGCAUCGGUCGAGCCCGGGCAGAGAUCUUUGAGAAGCAAAUCAUCCAGCAUGGGGGCCGAAUCUGCUCCCCUCAGGCCCCAGGGAUCACACAUAUUGUGGUGGACGAAGCUGUAGAUUGUGAGCGAGCCCUCCGCCUCCUGAAAUUGUCCCAGCUGCCCCUGGGAGUCCAAAUAGUGAAGUCAGCUUGGCUGAGCCAGUGCUUGCAAGAGCAGAAGCUGGUGGACACCACUGGAUUCAGCAUCUUCAUCCCUGACAGGUACCUGGACGAGACAGACAAUCAGGUCACGUCUUUCCAGCCUGGGUGUUCUGGAACUUCAGCCCAGGCGGGACUUCCUUCCGCUGCUGCCUUUGCCCCACCUCAGGAGCCACACUCAGAAUUGAACACUCAGACACAGCCUAACUCUUAUGAAAGCAGCGAUGAGGAAGAAGUACAGGUUACCCCGGCUGAUCUGGAAGCCCUGAUCACAGGCCAGUACCCAAGUACUCCUGAGGGAGACGCUAUGCCCUGCCUGGCCCCCACGGUCAGUGAUAAGUGGGUGUGCGCCCAGCCCUCUAGCCAGAAGAGGACCAACCACAAUUCCCACAUUACCGAGAAGCUAGAAGUGCUGGCCAAAGCCUAUGCUGUCCAAGGCGACAGGUGGCGGUCACUGAGCUACUCCAAGGCUAUUAAUGCCCUCAAAAGCUUUCACAAGCCUGUUAGCUCCUACCAGGAAGCCUGUGGCAUCCCUGGGAUUGGAAAGCGCAUGGCAGAGAAGAUCAUGGAGAUUGUAGAAAGUGGCCAUCUUCGCAAACUGGACCACAUCAGUGACAGUGUGCCUGUCUUAGAGCUCUUCUCUAAUAUCUGGGGGGUUGGAAGCAAGACUGCCCAGAUGUGGUAUCAGCAGGGUUUCCGGACUCUGGAGGACAUUGAAAGUCGGGCCACCUUGACUUCUCAGCAGGCCAUCGGCUUGAAGCAUUAUGAGGACUUCCUCAAGCGCAUACCCAGGGAAGAGGCCUCAGAGAUUGAGCAGACUGUCCGAGAAGCAGCUCACGCUCUCAAUCCUGGGCUGCUGUCUGUGGCAUGUGGCUCAUAUCGCCGGGGUAAGGCAACAUGUGGGGAUGUGGAUGUGCUGGUCACUCACCCCGAUGGACGAUCCCACCAGGGGAUCUUUGGUCAGCUCCUGGAUACCCUUCGGCAGCAAGGAUUCCUGACAGAUGACCUGGUCAGCCAGGAUGAUAAUGGGCAGCAACAGAAGUAUCUGGGUGUGUGCCGGCUGCCAGGGCCCGGUCGGCUCCACCGACGCCUGGACAUCAUUGUGGUGCCAUAUAGCGAGUUUGCCUGUGCCUUACUGUAUUUCACUGGUUCUGCCUACUUUAACCGCUCCAUGAGAGCCCUGGCCAAGACAAAGGGCAUGAGCCUGUCGGAGCGCUCACUCUACACUGCUGUCGUGCGUGAUGGCCGCGGCCUCAAGGUGGGGCCAGGCCGGGCGUUGCCCACCCCCACUGAGAAGGAUGUCUUCAGACUUCUGGGCCUGCCGUACCGCGAGCCCUCUGAGCGGGACUGGUGACCCCACCUCCGUGCCAGCCCUGGGCCAUUCUCCCACAGUGGGGCUCUCCCUGCACCCCAUACCAGGCCUUUUCUUCAACUCACCUUUGGGUUUCUUUGCUCAGUAAAGAACCAGAGGGUGAUCAUCAUCCUCCCUGGCUCACUAGCUGGGAGAUCUGACUGUUCACGAACCGUUGCUUUUUCCUGGAAGUACAUCCAUCGGCCCUCACUUUUACAUUAGAUUGUGAGUGUGUGGGGUUUUUAUAAGUUUUACUCCUCCCCUUGCCCCAGUUUAAUAAGCAGCAGGUGGCUGCUAUACAGCCUAUCCCACUUCCUGUGCUGAGGACUCGGGCGUACCUAGAAGGGUCUCACAGACUCCUGGCCCACUUCUACUUAAGCACCAGGAGGAUAGAGCAUCUUUUAUCAAGGGGGAUGCUUGGCUUGCUUUCCCCUUUUUUACUUGCUUCCUGUGCUUUUAAAGGGUUAGAGGAAGAAGGUGGUCCAAUGCUGGAAUGUAUCCUGUGGGUCAAGACUGGGAGGGGAGACUAGGAGAAUAGCAAAAUCCAUGGGACAUGAUAUCUUCUGGUGUCUGUGAUUCCUGCCUCCUACAACUCCUUUCUGGGACAAAUUUCCCAGAUUGUGGAGAGUGGUCCUCUUCUCUCUCUCUCUCUCUAUAUAUAUAUUUUUUAAUUUAUUGAAGCUUUUUAUUUUCAAGACAUAUGCAAGAAUAAUUUUUCAACAUUAAAAA